AUGUUACUACCGACCUCUUUCAAUCUCCUUGCUCUGCAAUUCGCAAGUACAUUCGCGAACCCCGUGACACGAGACGAUAAGAAGCAAGGUCCCGUCGUCAACACCGCAUUAUGCAACGGUAACAAGUACGUUUAUGAAGAGCUUGCUGGGUGGGGUAUCCUAGCCGGCGAUGCACGAGACAAAUUCGGCGACACCAUCGGUGGCAUCGGCAGUGCAAUCGCUCUGGAGAAGAAAUCCUGGAAAAAGAAGAAGGGUGACGCGGAAGGGUAUGAGGCUAUCCUCUACGGUCUCCCAGAUCGAGGGUGGAACACAGAGGGUACGCAGAAUACCCAGUCCCGUAUCCACAAAUUCAGUGUCUCUCUGGAUAUCGUGCCCGCGACUCUAGAGAACCCAGCGACAACCCCCAACUUCCAGAUCAGCUAUUUGGAUACCAUCCUCCUUACCGGCCCGGAUGGCACACCUACCACUGGCCUCGAUGCUGAUCAGACCGGGCAUCUCUCUUAUGAUGGAUUUCCAGAUCUCCCAGUUGUUACAUACACUGGUGAUGGGUUUGGUGGCAACGGUACUGGCGGAAAGCGAAUCUCCAUCGACACUGAAGGCCUUGUCUUGGGCGAAGACGAAACGUUCUGGAUCAGUGAUGAGUACGGUCCCUAUAUCUACCAAUUCGACAAGCAAGGCAAGAUGAUCAAUGCCAUCCGCCCACCAAAUGCGCUUAUCCCCAUACGCAACGGCACUGAAAGCUUUAACGCCGCAUCCCCUCCAAUUUACAACCCUGAUGUCGAGACAGUACCCGAGGAUCCGGAUACGGGUCGUGCGAACAACCAAGGUCUCGAAGGUCUUACCGCAGACCCAAAGGGCAAAUACUUGUAUUCACUCUUGCAAAGCGCAACGAUGCAGGAAGGUGGCAAGAAGUCCUCAGACCGACGUUACACCCGCUUCCUCAAAUACAAAAUCGGUAAGAAGGGCAAAGAAGUAGAAUAUGAUUCCGAAUACAUUGUACCUUUGCCCGUUCUACCAACCGGCAAAGUCGCCGGACAAAGCGAGCUCCACUUCAUCUCCGAAACACAGUUCCUAGUCCUCGCCCGCGAUGGUGGAGCCGGCCACGGUCAAGAUGCUUCAGAAUCAAUCUACCGUAACGCCGACGUGUUUGACAUCUCCAAAGCAACCAACAUCAAGGGUAAGAAAAAUGACGACUUUGGUGGUGCUGUUGCGAGCAAGAAGGGUAAACUAGACGAUGAUAUCGUUCCUGCGGAAUACUGCGAGUGGCUGUCCUUCAACAACAAUGACCAGCUCAAGCGUUUCGGUGCGCAUAACGGUGGCGAACAGGACGCGGGGCUACUUAACGAGAAAUGGGAGAGCUUCGCGCUGGGCAAGGUCGAUGGCAAGUUUGAGACUAAAGGGGAAGGCGAUGAGUACUACCUCAUCUCGUUUUCCGAUAAUGACUUCAUCACGCAAAACGGUUUCAUUAAUUCGGGGAAGAAUACUUAUAAGGAUGGCUCUGGGUUCAACUUGGACACGCAGGUCCUGGUUUUCAAGGUUAGACUCCCUAAGGGGUCUGAUCCGUUGUAGACUUCUACAUAUAGCUCUCCUUUGAAUACAUAUCAUUCCAACAGGAUCCUCUCUC